AUGACGACAGUACCCUCCCUCCCCGCCGCGCUCAGUAACAACGCCGCCUUCGGCGCGGUCGCAGCCAUCGCCCUCUUCUGCUAUGUUGUCCAGCACCGCCUGCGCGCGCGGGGUCGCCCCCCCAACUUUCCCGGUCCGCGGCCCCUCCCCUUCCUCGGCAACGUCCUCCAGAUGCCGAAGGAGAACUGGUCCCCCGCGCUCCACAAGCUCGGCCUUCCGUACGGCCCAAUAUACUCGCUCAGCCUCUUCGGUCGCCCGCUGCUGGUCGUCAGCUCGACCGAAGCCGCGCGCGAGCUCUUUGAGGCCAAGUCCACGCUCUACACCAACCGCCCGCUGCCGAAGAUGGCUGAAUUAUCCGGGUUCGACACCGGUGUCGUGUUGCAGCACGACACGCACCGCUGGCGCGCCGGCCGCAAGCUCAUGCACCGCGUCCUCCAGCCCCGCGAGAUGCCGCGCUGGCGCGAGGCCGAGGAGCACCACCUCCGCACCCUCCUCCUCAACCUCCUCAACAACCCCGACGACUUCGCGUCCCACACCCGGCACGUGUCCACCGGGCUGUCUCUAGAGAUCGCAUAUGGAUACCGGGUCAAGACCCAGCACGACGAGUUCGUCGAGCGCUCCGACGUCUCCCUCGCCAACUUUGGCGAUGCCUUCCUCAUCCAACACAUGGUGGACUGGUUUCCCUCUCUCGCGACCCUUCCGCGCUGGCUGCCUGGUAUGGGCUUCAUGAAGAAGGCGGAAGAGUACAAGAAACAAUACUUCCAACUCGUCGACGACGGUCUCGACAUGGUCAAGCGGGGCAUGGCCAACGGCACCGCGAAAUUCUCGCUCGGCUCGAUAACACUGGCGGAAUCCGAGAAGGAGAAAACCCCCGAAGAUCUGAUCAAGUUCAACGCUUCCGAGGUGUUCAUCGGCGGUGGCGAUUCCCUCGCCUCCCUCCUCCAGUCGCUCAUCUACUUCAUGAUCACCCACCGCGACUGGCAAGCCCGCGCAUUCGCCGAGAUCCGCGCCGUCGUCGGCACCGGCGCAGGCCGCCUUCCCGCGCUCACCGACCGUGAGCGGCUCCCCGUCGUGGGCGCGAUCAUCGCAGAGGUCGCGCGCCUACGGCCCCCCGUGAGCAUGUUCUACCGGGUCGCUGCGGAAGACGACGUGCACCGGGGGCACUUCAUCGCCAAGAACACGAUAAUCUUCGCGAACAUCUGGGCGAUGCUGCGCGACGACAGCGUCUACCUCCAGCCGCACGACUUCGUGCCCGGGCGGUGGCUCAAGCCCGAGGCUCCGUCCACCAAAGUCGUCUACGACACCCUCUUUGGUUUCGGCAGGCGGUACUGCCCCGGCCGGCUCAUCGGCGAAGAGAUGCUCUUCCUCAGCGCAUCACGCAUCCUCGCGCUCUUCGAGAUGUCGUAUGCGCGCGACGUGCACGGGAAGGAGAUAAUCCCGUCCGGCGCGAUGACGCGUGGGGGCAUCAGCCGCCCCGAGCUCUUUCCCUGCACGAUCUCGCCGCGCCAGCCAGGCACGGCGGAUAUCAUCAACGCUUUCUAG